AUGUUGAGUGUCGACUCUCCGCAUCCGCAAUCCACUUGGAUGUCUCCGCGAAAGUCUCAGGGCCUGGCCCACAAACAAUCUGCGCACGAGAUGUUCAAGUGGCUUCAACGCGGCCUCCUGAGCAUCGAAAGAUGGAUGGACGAGAACGAGUAUAGCCCCGACGACCUAAGAUGGGAUGCGGGAAGUACGAGAGUCGUGACCAUCGCCGAAAUGUUCCUGUUCCAGUUCUUGGAGUUCACGGUGGAUUGCUAUGGGGUUGAUGUGACACAGUUGUCGUCAGACAAAACAUCCAAGGAUGUCUAUGGACGUGAUGUGUGCGAGACGUAA